AUGGGGAGAAAUCAGACCUCUGUCACAGAGUUCCUUCUGCUAGGAUUUUGUCUCGGUCCAAGGAUUCAGAUGCUUCUCUUUGGGCUCUUCUCCCUGUUCUACGCCUUCACCCUGCUGGGGAACGGGCUCAUCCUGGGGGUCAUCUCGCUGGACUCCAGACUGCACACCCCCAUGUACUUCUUCCUCUCCCACCUGGCCGUCGUCGACAUAGCCUAUGCCUGCAACACGGUGCCCCAGAUGCUGGUAAACCUCCUGAAGCCAGACCAGCCCAUCUCCUUUGCGGGCUGCCUGACACAGACCUUUCUCUUCUUGAGCUUUGCUCACAUUGAAUGUCUUCUCCUGGUGGUGAUGUCCUGUGAUCGUUAUGUGGCCAUCUGUCACCCGCUCCGAUAUUCUGUCAUCAUGAGCUGGAGAGUCUGCAUCAGCCUGGUGGUGACUUCCUGGAUUUUAGGAGUUCUCCUAGCUCUAGUACAUCUACUGUUACUCAUACCAUUGCCCUUCUGUGGACCCCAGAAAGUGAACCACUUUUUUUGUGAAAUUAUAGCUGUCCUCAAACUUGCCUGUGCAGAUACCCACAUUAAUGAAAUUAUGGUUUUGGCUGGGGCAGUGUCUGUGUUGGUGGGACCAUUCUCCUCAAUUGUGAUAUCUUACAUUUAUAUUUUAUGUGCCAUCCUAAAGAUUCAAUCAGGGGAGGGGCGCCAGAAAGCCUUCUCCACCUGCACAUCCCACUUGUGUGUGGUUGGACUGUUCUACGGCACAGCCAUCAUAAUGUAUGUUGGGCCCAGAUAUGGGAACCCCAAGGAGCAGAAGAAAUACCUCCUCCUGUUUCACAGCCUUUUCAAUCCCAUGCUCAAUCCUCUGAUCUAUAGUCUGAGGAACAAAGAAGUCAAAGAUGCUCUGAAAAGGAAGCUUGAAAAAGAGAGAACUUCAUGA